AAUUCUCUCUUAAGCUUUCUCUCCAUAAAAAGCAUUUAUCUCUUUCCUCAAAAAAAAAUCUUUCUUUCUCUCCCUAAAUUUUUUUCUCCAUUUCUCUAUCUAAAGGGUUCACGUCCUCUACCAUAAUCUACCAUUACAGACACUGACGUGUGAGACAAUAGUAGAGUUGGACUCACAUACCAUACCAAUGACUAUAAUGGUAGUGAUAUUAUGAUAGAGGAUCCUCACCCCUGUCUAAAAAGUUUCUCUCUUUGUCCGACUAAAAAAGUUUCCACAUGCUUAUGAUGAGAUGUAUAUAACACAUAGAGACCAAGAAGGAGCUCACCUCUGCAAAAACAGUAGCUUGCACACAUACAAGAACACACACACACACACACCAAAGCUGAAUAAGCUGAGAACUAGGCCAGAGUGCAUGCAUGCAUGGAUCAUCUAACAAUGACGUCCACGUCGUCUGAAAAUGCGCCCGACCACGACCACGACCACGACGCCUCUUCGCCGGCGCCGGCGACGGCGACGGCGGCGGCGCUGCCACCGAUGAUCCCGGCGUGCGACCCGCACGACGGGCCGGCGUGCCUGGAGCUCAUCGAGGUGCUGACCACGCGCGCCGCCGCCGUCCAGCGGCGCGUCCUCGCCGAGGUCCUCGCCAUGAACACCGGCACCGACUACCUCCGCCGGUUUCUCGGCGACGAGGUCGUCGCCGCCGCCGGCGGCGAGGACGAGCUCGCCGCGGCGUUCAAGGAGCGCGUGCCGGUGGUGGAGUACGAGGACGUGAAGCCGUACAUCGAGCGCAUCGCCAACGGCGCCCCGUCGUCGCUCAUCUCCUCCAAGCCCAUCACCGAGCUCCUCACGAGCUCCGGCACGUCAGGCGGGCAGCCGAAGCUGAUGCCGGCGACGGAGGAGGAGCUCGACCGCAAGACCUUCCUCUACAACCUCCUCGUCCCCGUCAUGAACAAGUACGUGGAGGGGCUGGACGAGGGGAGGGGGAUGUACCUGCUGUUCGUGAAGCCGGAGAUCACGACGGCGUCGGGGAUGGUGGCGAGGCCGGUGCUGACGAGCUACUACAAGAGCCGCCACUUCCGGCGGCGGCCGGACAGCCCGUACACGCGGUACACGAGCCCCGACGCGGCGAUCCUCUGCCCGGACAGCCGCCAGAGCAUGUACGCGCAGCUGCUCUGCGGCCUCGCCCGCCGCGGCGAGGUGCUCCGCGUCGGCGCCGUCUUCGCCUCCGCCUUCCUCCGCGCCGUCAAGUUCCUCGAGGGCCACUGGCGCGCCCUCUGCGCCGACAUCCGCGCCGGCCGCGCCGACCCGGCCGUCGUCACCGACGCCGCCUGCCGCGGCGCCGUCGACGCCGUCCUCGCCGCCCGCGCCGACCCCGACCUCGCCGACGCCAUCGCCGCCGAGUGUGGCGGCGCGUCGUGGCGGGGCAUCGUGCGGCGGCUGUGGCCGCGGACCAAGUACAUCGACGUGAUCGUGACGGGGUCCAUGGCGCAGUACAUCCCGCUGCUGGAGUUCUACGGCGGCGGGCUGCCGCUGGUGUCGACGAUGUACGCGUCGUCGGAGUCCUACUUCGGCAUCAACCUCCGGCCGCUGGACCCGCCGGAGGAGGUGGUGUACACGCUGCUGCCCAACAUGUGCUACUACGAGUUCAUCAAGGUGGAGAAGGACGGCGACGGCGAGAAGGUCCGCGACGGCGAGGUGGUGGACCUCGUCGGCGUCGAGGUCGGCGCCUACUACGAGCUCGUCGUCACCACCUUCACAGGGUUGUACCGGUACAGGGUGGGGGACAUCCUGCAGGUGGCCGGGUUUCACAACGCGGCGCCGCAAUUCCGGUUCGUGCACCGGCGCAACGUCGUCCUCAGCGUCGACACCGACAAGACCUCCGAGGACGACCUCCUCCGCGCCGUCACCGCUGCGAAGCCCCUCCUCGACCCCCUCUCCUGCGUCCUCGCGGAGUACACCGCCUACGCCGACACCUCCUCCAUCCCCGGCCACUACGUCCUCUUCUGGGAGCUCACCCCCUCUCCCUCGCCACCGCCGCCGCCAUGCCAUGACGACGCCGACGACGCAGCCGACAUCGGCGAGGACAAGGACAAGGUGGCACACGUCAUGGCGGCGUGCUGCGCCGCCGUGGAGGCCGGGCUGGACUCGGUGUACCGGCGGUGCAGGAGCCGGGACAGGUCGAUCGGGCCGCUGGAGAUCCGUGUCGUGGCGCCGGGGGCGUUCGACGCGCUCAUGGACAUGUGCGUGUCGCACGGCUCGUCGGUGAACCAGUACAAGACGCCGCGGUGCAUCAAGCACCCCGACGCCAUCGCCGUCCUCGAGCAGCGCGUCGUCGGCCGCUUCUUCAGCGACGCCGUCCCGCACUGGGAGCCCCUCAAGGUCGACGGCGCCGCCGCCGCCCCCGCCACCGGCAGCGACCAGUGAAAUGGGAGAGAUAGAAGGUUGGAGGAGUAAAAUCACAAAAUGCAAGUAGAUAAUUAAAAUUGAUCAUUGUGUAUGUGCCUGAUCGAUCGAUGAUGUUUAAUUUAAUUAGAGGGUAAGUGUGUCGUCGCUCUCCGUGUUUAAUCACUUAAUUAAUUAAUUCUGUACGUGUUCAGAUUUACAUUUUGAGAUUAUUGAUCAUUAAUUGUUAAUUAGGGCCAUGCAUGCAUAGCCUGUAAUUGUGUAA